AUGCCUGGUAUCAACGAACAGCCACCCUUCAAAGUCCUGAUUGUGGGAGGAUCGUAUGCAGGAUUGGCUGCGACGCUGAAUCUAGUGGAUUUGUGUCAGGGCCGAAAGUGUCGAUUCAAUCUCAACGAAGCUGACAAGGCCCCCGAGCACAAGGUCCCGGUGCAGAUCACCAUAGUGGAUGAGCGUGAUGGCUAUUAUCACAUCAUUGGACUUCCGCUUGCCAUAGGCUCCAAUUCCGAUGCUAGCACAUUUUGGAAUAGGUUCGAAGAUAUCCCCGCCCUCCAAUCUCCGGACAUCAACCACAUUCAAGGACGGGUCGACUCAGUUGACUGCAAAUCGCGCAUCGCUCGUAUUAUCCAAAGCGUUGGAGACGAAGGACACAAGGUCGUGGAGGAGAAAUACGAUUACAUGAUCGCAUGCUCGGGAUUGCGGAGAGAGUGGCCAAGUGCUCCCAAGUCGCUCACGCGGGAAGCAUACCUCGCGGAAACAGCAGAGUCUGUACAGACCAUUGAGAGUGCGAAGGCGGGAGUUGUAGUCGUUGGUGGCGGUGCUGUGGGUAUCGAGAUUGCCGCUGAAAUCAAAAUGCUUCAACCUGAAGUCAAGGUCACACUCAUCCAUUCUCGAGAACAGCUGCUCUCUUCCGAGGACCUUCCAGGUGACUUCAAGGACAAAACCCUUGAAUUACUCAAAGAGUCUAAUGUUGAGGUUGUCAUGGGCGCACGACUUCAAGACACAAUGGCAACGGAUGAUUCCACAUCCGCGAAGUUUAGACUGAAGCUUUCCGACGGGCGGGAGCUCUUUGCUGACCAUGUCAUCAAUGCCGUAUCUCGGUUCACCCCUACUUCUUCAUAUCUUCCCAAGGAAGCCUGCGAUCCCGAGGGAUACAUCCGCAUCACAGCAGGUCUGCAAUUUUCUGGUGAUGUUCCAAAUAAGGAAUUCCACUAUGCGGCAGGCGAUCUCGCCUGCUGGUCGGGCAUUAAGCGCGGUGGAGCGGCGAUGCAUCAAGCGCACUUUGCGGCUGUCAACAUUCAUCAACGGAUGAUAGCACAGCUGUACAAGACCACGCCAAAGUUCAACGAGUUGGUUGAAGUGGCUCCCAUGAUGGCUUUGGCUUUGGGAAAAACUGCUGUUGGUUACUUCCCAACUAUGGGAUUGACAGUUGGCGACGAAAUUCGCAAUAUGUUUUUCAACGAGGACUUGGGGUUCGGAAUCUGCUGGAGAUGGAUGCGCCUGGGAGAAGCAACAGCAUAUAAAUGA